CUCAGCUCUUAGACUUGGCUCUUCUUCACAAUGUGAGCGAAGCGAGCGUGGCAGCGCUGUCGGAAUCCGUCCUGAUGCUCCGUUUGGACGUUUAAACGGGUUCUUUCGAUGCGUGGCCGAGCGCACGGAAAACUUUUCCAGCAUGAGGACUCAUUGCAAGAUCGUGGCGCUCGCGCUGUGCUUCGGAGUUUUCUUACUUGUGUACUUUUUCGGGGGGAACAGCGCGGACGAGCCCCCGCCGCACAGGGAGCACCACAAACUUCCCAGCGUCCCCUCUGCCUCUGGACUUGGCAAAGUAGUUUCCGUGAAAGUGGUGAAGCCUCCACAGCAGAUCCAGCCAAAUCGGAAAGAAAGCUACAAAGGAGACGGCGCGAUCUCUAAGCUUAGGCAGAAGAGCGAGCUUGGCCAGUCCGGGUUAAAGGCUCCUCGAGCCGAGGACAUCAUGCACCUUGCAGUGGUCGCUUGUGGAAACCGACUUGAGGAAACACUUACCAUGGUUAAAUCAGCACUCCUUUUCAGCAUCAAGAAGAUCAAGUUUCACAUCUUUGCAGAGGAUGAGCUGACAGAGCAGUUUGAGAAAGAGCUGAGCCGCUGGCCACGGCCGCUUUCCUUCAAGCUCCAGUACAAGCUUUACCCAAUCACUUUUUCCGUGGGGAAUGCUGAGGAAUGGAAAAAACUCUUCAAGCCAUGUGCUGCCCAGAGACUCUUCCUUCCAGUCAUCUUGAAAGACGUAGACUUGUUGCUGUAUGUGGACACCGAUGUCCUUUUUCUCCGGCCAAUGGAUGACAUCUGGAAAUUCCUGAAAGCCUUCAACAGCACUCAGCUGGCAGCCAUGGCCCCUGAGCAUGAGAUCCCUAAAAUAGGAUGGUAUAGUCGUUUUGCAAGGCACCCUUUCUACGGCGUUACAGGAGUCAACUCUGGGGUCAUGCUGAUGAACCUCACACGCAUUCGCAGCACUCUGUUUAAGAACAGCAUGAUCGCUGGCGGCCUGUCAUGGGAGGACUUGCUUAAUCCACUCUACCAGAAAUACAAGAAUCAUAUCACAUGGGGGGACCAAGAUCUCCUCAACAUUAUUUUCCACUACAAUCCAGAAUGCCUGUAUACAUUUCCAUGCCAGUGGAACUACAGGCCCGAUCACUGCAUGUACGGCAGCAACUGCAAGGGCGCCGAGGAGGAGGGUGUGUCUAUUCUCCACGGCAACCGUGGCGUUUACCAUGACGACAAGCAGCCAGCUUUUAAAGUGGUGUAUGAUUCUAUACGCGAUUAUCCUGUUGGGGAAAACCUGUUCCAGUCCUUGUUUUAUCCUCUCCAGACCAAAUUCCUGGACACAGUUAACACACUAUGUGGCAGAGUCCCUCAGGUGUUCCUGAAGCAGAUCGAGAAGACCAUGAAGCUUGCGUUCGAGCAAAAAGUGAUCCGCCACGCAUCCGCCAAGCGUCGCUGA